AAUACUUAGUUUUGUCAUCUUUUUGUUUUCUUCGAACCUUGACACUUUUCUCACUACCAUUCUUUUCUUUUCCCCUCUUUUCUCUCUGCUGCCCCUGGUGUUGUCUCAUGUCCUCCCUCCUCUUCUCUGUCAAUGUCACUUCCUGCUAUUUUUACCCCUGUAGACCUGUCCGUCAGCCUCCUUGCAGUGAUAGUUAUUGUGUGUGGCCUGGCCCUGGUGGCAGUUUUUCUCUUUCUCUUUUGGAAGCUGUGGUGGGUGCCCUGGAGGAACAAGGCAGUGUCAUCUAACUCGGCAGCAGCAGCACCGCAGAACGUGUCAACCUUCACCGGGUUCGCCAGUGACAAGGAAGCCAUGGCAGACAAGCUGAAGGAUGCAAGCAACUUUGGCUUCUUGGAGGCAGCUGUUAAAAUCAGUCACACCUCACCAGAUAUACCAGCAGAGGUCCAGAUGUCCAUGAAGGAACACAUCAUUAAGCGCACAAGAAUACAGAGGCAGGCGACUGAGCCAGCUUCUUCUACCAGGCACACCUCUUUCAAAAGGCAUUUGCCCCGUCAGAUGCAUGUGUCCAGUGUGGACUUUGGAGACACCUUACAAGUGAGUGAACAGCCAACCAGCAUUGGAAGGAUAAAACCAGAACUGUACAAACAGAAAUCAGUGGAUUCAGAAGAUGCCAAAAAAGACGACACCAAGACUUGCGGAAAGAUCAACUUUACCCUCAAGUAUGACUAUGAGAAUGAAACUCUCAUAGUAACAAUUCUAAAAGCUUUUGAUCUUCCUGCCAAGGACUUCUGUGGAAGCUCUGAUCCCUAUGUGAAGAUUUACCUGCUACCUGACCGAAAGAGAAAAUUUCAAACUCGGGUUCACAGAAAAACUCUUAACCCAACAUUUGAUGAAUCAUUUAACUUUCCAGUUCCCUACGAUGAACUCCCUAGUCGAAAACUUCACCUCAGUGUAUUUGAUUUUGAUAGAUUUUCCAGGCAUGACAUGAUAGGGGAAGUCAUUUUGGAAAACUUGUUUGAGGAAUCAGAUUUGUCAAGGGAGUCUUCCCUCUGGAAGGAUAUUCAAUAUGCCACCACGGAAAGUGUGGACCUUGGAGAAAUCAUGUUCUCUCUGUGUUAUCUACCUACGGCUGGACGCUUGACCUUAACAGUAAUAAAAUGUAGGAAUCUAAAAGCAAUGGACAUUACUGGUUAUUCAGAUCCAUAUGUAAAGGUGUCCCUCCUUUGUGAUGGACGCAGGCUCAAAAAGAAGAAAACAACCAUUAAAAGGAAUACCCUGAACCCUACAUAUAAUGAGGCCAUCAUCUUUGAUAUCCCACCAGAAAGCAUGGACCAAGUCAGUCUUCUGAUCUCAAUCAUGGAUUAUGACAGGGUUGGCCACAAUGAAAUUAUUGGAGUAUGCAGAGUAGGUAACAGCACAGAAGGACUUGGAAGAGACCACUGGAAUGAAAUGCUGGCAUAUCCACGAAAGCCUAUAACCCAUUGGCAUCCAUUGGUGGAGAUGAAGAAGUCAUUCAAAGAGUGGCAAGGACGAGCUGCUAGCUUUGACAGCCAGGGGUCAUGCCCGUCCCCAAAGCCUCCACCAACUCCUUGAAAUCACCAGCUGUCUGCAAAUGAAAUUUUGUAAUGACCUUUGAAGUCUUGUUUAAGAAACCUGCUGAUGAGCUCUCAACUCUUAAACAGCUGGUCACCAAAACUAAAAUGUCUGGAGGACUUUACUGAGCUCAAUUCAAAAACAAGACAAGUAUAUAAGUGGUUUGGUUUCGUCUUGGUCUGUUGUCUCCUAAGUAUGUUAUACUAUGGUGUUUUUAAUCAUUUAACUCCUUGCUUGGACUAAGGACUACAAGGGCAGACUGACCAAUUUUAGAAUCUAAGAAAAGGUGGUACAAUUUUAUUGUAUGAAAUAAUUAUUGUUAUUGGACAAUGAAUGUACAUUGAAGUGUUCUUCUUUGUAGGAAACUUGGAAGAUGUACUGGCAGUGGCUACGAGUGUUUAUAACCAGUCACCGAUCCACUGACACUAAAGACCAUAGGAAAAAAAUGAUUAAUAUUUAUAAAUGAAAACUUGUUUAUAUGUGAUAUAUCAUCAAUGUGUGUUGUCUUUGAUGAUAUUACUUUGUGUAAAUUGACAAUAUUAAUGCUUUUACAUUUUAAGCUUUGUUGAUGCUUACAAUAACAUUCACAGAGAGCUUAGUUGUUCAAUGAAGCCAACUUUUAUCUUUUUAUGAGCGUUGGUCUUUUUACACCCCACUCAUGGAAAUUUUAAGAAUGCAUGAGUAUGCAGUUGUCUUAAUGCUUAGGAGAUCCUCACAUACUGGAUCCCUGUUCAGUACUCAGGAAAUCAAUACAGACUUCAGUGAUCUCAAGACACUGAUCAAAAUGUCGGCAAAGCAUUCUGCAUGUCACUUGCAAGCCCUUUGCUUGUGAAUGUUUUGUAAGUUCCUUGUAGUAUGUUUUUAUUAGGUUCACCAUGCCCUUCUAUAAUCAGAUCACUAACCCUAUGAUUUUAUUAUAACCCAUUAAUACACAUCGGUUUAUAUUGCUCAUCACACUGCAGACUAUGGCUACCUUUUUUUUUUUACUAAAAAUAGUGAUCAUAAGUUUGAACACCAUUUUUCUUUUUCUUUUGCAAUUGUAACUUGUAUAAUAUUGUCCAGUCGCCCUGAUUGUGAAUUCAGCUAUUGUUAAAUUUGCACACUUAAAGUGCCAGUAAAACCCCAAAAAGCAGCCUUCUUGUGCAAGUAAUUCCAUUGAUAGGCUCACUAGUUAGCCUCUUAACAGCUUGGAAUGAAUUAACAUGUAAACCAAUACAAUGCAAACUUUUUAGCAAAUGUUGGUAGGAUAUAAAAUAAUUCAGGGUUAAGAGUUUUUUUAACUUCAAAUUAUAUAUUUGGCAGUAAUAUUAACUUGCAUAUUUAAGACCACUGCUAUUUCAAAGGGCCAGUAAAACUAAAAAUCACCAGUUAAUUUAAACAUUUAAAACAAAAUGAAAUCUUCAGCCCUCAUUCAUAGCCUACUUGACACUUUCAGUGAUCUCUUUUAUAGUCUUCAGCUAUUCGGGAAGGGAACUAAUGGUGCUAGAAUUGUCCCUUGUAAAAAUGACAAGAUCUACAACUGCAGUUACAGCUACAGUCACUAUUUGAUGUAGGGGACUGUUAAAGCAUAUAUUUACCAUUCAGAACAAUUUAAAAAUACUAGGGAAGGAUGCAUGUGUACCAUAAUUAUGUAUAUAUUACAUGUAUGCUGUGCAUACUCAAUAUAAAUUGUGAUGAAAGUUAAGCUAGAAUGGCAUAAUUGGAUACCCCAAGUGCGCAGCUGUAACUAUUUACAAUAUUUAGAAUGAGAGUUCUUGCAUUAAGGAUCGCCAACAUCCAAGAUUGUUACAUACCAUGGUUUAUUUAAAUACCAGUGCAAAGCAGAGAUGUGCAGUUACUUAAUUAGCUUAAUUAGCUUUGAAAAGCCUGAUUCUAAACUAAUAAAACUCCUACCGGGUUGGUUUAGUUUCAAGAACAUUAAUACUCUUUGCAAUGUGGUAUUAAAUAAAAAUAAAAUGGUUUUAAUAUUAUGUUUACCCAUAGAAAACAAAUGUGUCUUUAAACAUACUUUCAUACAUCAUGUUUUUGUUUGUAACUGUCUGUGCAGCUAGUAUAUUUUUAUGCAUCAUAUAUAUUUUUGGUAAUUAUAAUCAAAAACAUUGAUUAGCAGCCAUAAAGGUCCUAAGAAAUAUAUAAAAGUCACAGGUCUAUCUAGAGU